AUGUGCCUCUUUUUCUUCUGCUUUUUGGUUGCUCCUGGCAAUGUUUGUUGGGAUACACCUAGGUUACAUCUAUACCUACCUGCAUUUCAAGAAAGCGAAAACGAGGCAAUGCCAUCUGUUGCACUGCGGGCAGCGCGAUAUGUUCGCACAUUUGAUUUAAAGCACAGUUGCCGCACCCGGCCAUAUACGUGGUAUUUUUCACUCUGCUUCCUCUUUGUUAGUUGGGCCAACUACGCGCAGUACAAACGGCUUAAGCCCAUUUACCCGAACUACGAGGAAUACCGCGUGAAGGAGGGCGGUAGGAUGUUGGAGGCAAAGUGGCAGGAAAUGGCGGACGUGAGGCGGUACAACAGCAUGGUGAGCGCAAUGCGUAGCGAAUUGAGUGGGCGGAGCUGA